AUGUCAUCAAUUGAGCAUCGCAUUGUACGCGGCUCGAAGCUGCUUGUGGCAGGACUCCAAGCUCGAGUAGCUCCUGGUCCGUCUCCCGUCAUCGGUGAACUAUGGGGCGCGAUGCAGCCCCAUUUUCACGGCAACGCAGCGUAUGGAGUGUGCCAUGACUUCAAUGACGGAACAUACUUCUACCUGUGCGCGAUCCAAGUGACCGAAGCGGAACUCAAUACCUUGCCGGAGGGAUGGAUCUCACUGGAAAUCCCCGAACACGACUUUGCCGUGUACGAGCAUACUGACAGCGUCGACAAGAUCGGCGACACGUGGACCAGCAUCAUGCACGACAAGUCCGUCACGCGCGACCACGCCAUACCCAGCGUUGAAAAGUACCCAGCAACGUUUCAUGUUUCCGGAGGUCUCACCAUUUGGAUUCCCAUUGCAACUACAACAUAG